CGAGGAGCACCGGACGAGAAGGGCAGCGACAAGGACGAUGACAAGAAAGAUUCUGCUGAGCAGGAGGACGAUGAAAAAAGCGAGAAAGGUGAAGAAAAAGCUGAUAAGGCUGAUGCGAAGAAGGAAGAUGAAGCUGGCUCUGACGCUGAGAAAGGAGACGAGGGUAAAAGCGAGGAUGCGGAAGACAAAGGAGAUGCACCAGAGAAAGAAGAGGGGAACGAGAAGAAAGCGGAAGACGAUGGAGAAAGUAAAGGAGGUGAAGGUGAUGGAAGUCAAGAUGCUGAGGAAAAAGCAGGUGGCGAAGCAAGCAGCACUGACGAGAAAAAGGAAGAUCAUCAUGGUGAAAAAGGAGACGGUAAACAAGAUGGACCGUCGACUUCCACUAGCGACACUGAGGGAAAGGCAAAAGAGGACGCUUCUGGUUCUAAAGGAGAAAAGUCAUCAUCAUGGUUCUUUCUAGAGACUCAUUCUGACAGUUCCACUGCGUCCAGUAGCGCCGCACAGCCUCGAAGCCGCCAUAACAGACACCUUCUACGUCGAGAAGAAGAACAAAAGAACAUCAACAUCAAGCGUGAUAAAGCUAGAAGAGGUGGACAACAUCAAGUAGGACAUCAGCUGUCCUCGUCUUCGACAUCAUCAAAGCAGUUGUCGAUGGUUCAACUAUCUGAUGCAGAGGCUGCGAAGGUUAUUGACGCUUCACAACUACCCUUUUGCGAUGAAGUCAAUACAAAAGGCGCAGCUUCGAAAGAGGAAGAAACAAGCAAGGAUGAAGAUGACGCAGCCAAAAAUGAGGGUGCCGAAAAGGCUGCGUCCUCAUCAACAUCUACGUCGGAAGGGGAUCAAGAAGAUAAAGUCAAAGAACCGGAGGAACACGGGACAACAACAAAAGAAAAAGAGGAGAAGGAGGAAAAACAACAAGGCCAGGAGGAUAAUAGCUCAACAGCAGGGGGAGUGGGAUCAUGGUUCGGCUUUCUCGUAGGGAGUAGUGACGAUGAAAAAAAGUCUAGUACAUCCGAGAAAGUAGAUGGACAAAAAUCUACCGAGUCAUCCUCUGGUGAAGAAGAUGAGAAGAAAGAGG